AUGGUGCGCUCUGGCUCGCCCGGCCGCUCCCGCUCCCGCGCGCCCGGGCCUCCGCGGCCCCCGCCGCCGCCCCGCGAGCCCCGGCGGCGGCCCCUGCCCCGGCCCCGGCCGCCCCCCGCCGCGGGCUCCCGGCCGAUCACGGUCGCGGCCUCGGCCUCGCCCGGGGGCGCGAAGGGGAAGGCGGGCGGGGCGAAGGGGUCCCGCCGCUGGAGGCCGCCGCCCGGGCCCGGCGCCACAUCCACGCGCCCCGCGCCGCGCCCGCCGCCGCCGCCCGGGCCCCCCGCGCGCCCCCCGCGCGCCCCCCGGGCCCUAGGCGCGGGGCAUGCCCCGGCGCGCGCCGCCAACGCCAACGCCAACGCUCGCGGGCCCGGGGGUCGCGGGGGGCGUGCGGGCAGGUGCCGGCGCCGCGAGGCGCGAAUCGCCGCGGCGCCGGAGGCCGAGGGGCCCGGGAGGAGCGGGGGCGCGGGGCCCACCGGGCCGUCCUCGCGCGGCGCGCCGCCGCCGCCGCCCCGCUCCUCCCACCGCGCAGCGCCCGCCCGGCUCGUCCCGGCGGCGCUGGCCGGCCGCGUCGCGUCCGCCUCCCGCCGCCCCGGCCCGGCCCGGCCCGGCCCGGCCCGCGCCCUCCUCCCGCCCGCCCGUUCGGCUCCGCGGCUUCCGGGGCGGCGGGAGGCGCCCGGCGGCGGCGGUCCUCAGAGCGCGGCGGCGGUGGCGGCGGCGGCGGCGGCGCGGAGCUCGGCGUACAUCCUCCCGGCUGCUCGCUCCGGCUCGGACUGA